GUGUCCAAACAAUCCUGACUUUAGACUUCUGAUGUCAUACGUCAUUAUCUUGGUAGGUAUUUUAGUUUCAAACUUGAUUAUUUUUCACGGCUUGUGUAGUAUCGGAAUUUUUCAUUGAAACAAAAACAAAAUUAGUGUGAACAGACUGUCACUAGCCGCCCGACUUAACUUAACAUAAUUUAAAAUGUCUUCGUCUCCAGAAAUUAAGACUACGGAUAAUGAGGAUCCUGAGACUUCUUUAAAUUUUUUUAGUCAAUUACUUAGACCUGUGAAUGUGUUCUUGACUGGUAUCAUCGUUGUAUUAGUGUACAAAAUUUUGAAAAGUAAGUUUAGUAAGGCUUCCGUCUACCCUCCCAGGCCGGAACUGCCUAAAAUUAGGAAAGAUAUGACAGUGGCUGAAUUGCGACACUACGAUGGUAAUCAACCUGAUGGUCGCGUUUUAGUAGCGGUAAAUGGUUGGAUUUUUGAUGUGACAAGAGGGCGUCGCUUUUACGGUCCUGGUGGUCCAUAUGCGGCCUUUGGUGGAAAAGAUGCUACUCGAGGUCUAGCAACAUUUUCUGUAACAUCAUCAGACAAAGAAUAUGAUGACUUAAGUGAUCUAAAUUCAAUGGAAAUGGACUCAAUCAAAGAGUGGGAAGCCCAGUUCCGGGAAAACUAUGACCUGGUUGGUAAACUUUUGAAACCUGGAGAAGAGCCAACAAAUUACUCUGAUGAAGAGACUGAGGAGACUGAGCCAGUCAACAAUCCGGAGGAUAAAAAAGCACAAUAAAACUGUUUCUUAGGUCAUGUUAAACUUAUAUAGAAUGAAAGAGUUUAUGGUUAGAAGGGCUUAAUUUAAAUCUUGUAUGGAUCUUAUUAAUUAUUCAGUUGUGUUUUUUUAUAUUUAUUAGGUUUUACUCUCAGGUCUUGCAGUUACCGAAACUUUUGGAGACUUCAUAAUAUUGUAUCCACAAUAAAAACAAUGUCCAACUCACAUUGAACAGAAGAUAUAAAUGAUAAAUAUCAUAAUUUUUUCAAGUCUUUAAUAGUGUAAAUUUUAUUACCAUAAAUUGGAGACUAUUAAUUAGUUCUGUAUCAAUUGCAAUGCCCCUAAAAUAAUAAUAUAACAAAAACAUGGCAUUUUUAAAUUUAGCAUGUGCUGUGAUCAUAUUUAAAGUCUGCUCUAGCUAAUACUCUUUCCUUUUUAUAAAUUAAAUGGAGAUAGAUUUUGUAAAAUUAUUUAUAGUAAUAUCAGAAAGUACUUAAAAGCUGGAUUAUAUUGAUUGAAGAGUUAACAACUUAGAGGUGUUAUGUUCUUGAAAUUAUUAUAUCACCCGUAUCGAGGAUUAAAUGGUUGUUGUUAUAUUUCCAACCAAGUCCUCAAGGUCCGGAAAUAAUAAAAAUUCAGCUGUAACAUUUGUAUUUUAAGAAAGUAUAGAAGUUUAAUUUUUUAAAUAAAGCAAACAAAAUUAUUUAGAAUUACACUUCUAUGAUCAUACUAUAUCUAUCUCUGUUUAAAGUACAUCUACAUUUGUUGCUUUGUAAAUGUUUUCAAGUUAUAAAUGUAUUUAUAAUAUUGUAUAUUUACAGUUUUGUGAAUUGAAAGACUGAUGGCGGUAUGUUUAUGUGAAGGACCACAUUCCCCUUUGCGCUACCUUUAUUAUGGUUCAAGAAUGGUUUUUCCUCACUUCUAAUAAUGCAUUAAUGUACAAAUUAUAUGUUUGUUUAUUAUGAAUGCCGUUACUUGACCCAUUAUAAUAUUUGUACAUUAGAUUUAGCAUUUUUUGUGGGCGUAUACCUAAUAACAAACAACUUUUGACCAUCAGUACUUAAAUAUUUUAAGGUUGCAAAUAAUGUCAGUUAUUUUAAUAGUUGCUGCUGUUCGUUGUUUUAACAGUGUUUAUCAUUGUCGUUAGGGUUUAAUUUUUUAAUCAUUUUACUGUUAAUGCGUCUCACAAUUCUGCUUAGAUUUAACUAUUAAUUUGUGAAAUUAAAAUGGAAUUCGCCUAUCUUUUUAAAUUUAGAGAUUUUGUUAUGGAGUUUUUAAGUAUAUUAUGGACUGACUUAGUAUUGAUGAAAUGUUUGGCUUGUGUAUGAUACCCGCAAAUUGCUAUGUUAUUGUCACAAUGAAAGAUGUUUUAUAAUAUUUAGGGUCUGUUUUACAAUGUACGGAUAAGUUCUACACAAGUUCCAAAUAAGCUAUUUAUUACUUAUUGGUAGGAUAAACACUCUUGUUGCGUUUCGCGAGUGUCAGAUAGCGUUAAUCGUCACAUCAAAGUAAGUUAUGAGUCCGAUGAAACGCGAUGUUUCUUAUUAAGAACUUUUAUCUUUCAAAUAAUUUAUGUGUUGCUAUUUGGUACUUUAUCUAUACAUUGUGAAACAGACUCUUUGUAUAUAGUUAUAUUUAAGCUAUUUUAAAUUUUAAUAUUCAAUAGAAAGUAUUUUAGAAACAAAAGGUGCUUACACUUAUGAGGAAGUGUAGGAAGGAAAUCUUCACUUCGUUUAUAAGUGAGAUGAUACUUAUUCAGCAAUUAAAGUAACAGAAAAUAGAUGCCUAUUUACAGUAUAGUCCACCGUGGUUCCUAAGCGCGACAAAGUACUUCCUUAUAUUUCCCGGUAAUUAAAUUAGCUAGACUAGUUAAAUACCCAUUCUUAUUAAAAGUACGCGAUGUUUUCCCCACCACGUCUUACUUAACACUCCCAUAUUUAUAUUAAGAAACGAACCAGGACAAGCGCAUGCGCAAUUUGCGGAGUCUAGUGAUUAUUUUUAAGGCUUUGAAAUUGGUAUUGCAAAAAAAUGUUGAAUUGUUUUCAAUGUCAUUGAGUAAGCAGAUUAAACACUUGUAGCCACAGAAAGUGAAUGCCUUAAUGAUUGUUGUGACUUGAAACAUUUGGUGUGUAUGUUAUGCUUUGAUGUUAACAAAUGAAAUUUAUGUAAUAUUUAUUUGAAAUUUUCACAAUAUAGCCUCUUUUAUAUGA